AUGACAGUGACGCUACUUGUGUCGAAAAUAAAUCUUCAGAAACUUUUUUUUUUUGAAAUACCCUUGACUCUAUCACGAAAACGGUGUGCCGUUCACAAACACGAUAGAAAGAAGUGUUGCCGAUUUCAAAAAAAGGAGUUGCAGAAUACCGACUACUACACCAAAAAACAUAACGAGCUCUUCAACAAAAACUACACGCAGAAUACUCUCUACCACACCAAAAAGAAAUAUCACUACCUCGUCAACGAGAACAACUCGCAGAAUCCCGACUACUACACCGAAGAAGAUCAGCACCUCUAUACGGAAAACAACUCGCAGAAUACCAACUACUACGACAAAAGGAAAUACGACUACUUCGUCAAUGAGAACAACUCGCCGGUGAUCUUUACGAAUCGGAUAAUGACUAUUGUCUCAACAAACCCAUGUCAGACUCCCAACUACUACACCAAGGAGAAUAAGCACUUCCUCAAAGAGAACGACUCGCAGGUAUUUCGCGAGACUGAACUGGCUGUCUCUGUAAACUUCAAAAUCAUUCCAGAAUAA